AUGGCGCUCGACAGGUACUGCACCUCUAUCGAUGUUUCACUGCAGACCUUAUCGGCAUCGCUCUAUCCGGACGAGAACCUGCUACAAGCCCAGGACGGCGUCGGCCUCUACGAUGGGUCAGUGCAGUCCCCGCCACCCCACUUUAUAUUGAGCGAGCGAUCAACGGGAAGCUGACCCCACCGCACGGCAACGCUCGCAGCAAGGAAAAAUCGCCCAACCACUUUGCUGGUCGACUGCACCUCACGAGCCAUCGACUGCUGUUCGUCGCGUCGCUCAAGCCGCACCGGUACUCGCUCGCCCUCGACCUCGCGCACGUAAGACAGACCGAGUACUACGCCGGUUUCCUCAAGUCCAGCCCCAAGAUCACCCUUCUCUUGGGAGCACCCGAUGCAGCGUCCACAUCGAUCAAUGGCACCACCGCCGCCACCACCGCUGCUGGGUCCCUCUCGUCGGGUUCUGCCUCGAGCCAAUCCACCGCUCUGACCUCGUCAGCCUCGACCUCGGCGCCGUCCCCACUGCCCGCCGGUUCAAUCGCCUCCCCUGCACCAACGUCAUCGAGUGCUAGUGGCCGACGCACGUGGAUAUGUCGCGUGUGUGGCAUGUCCAAUAUAUCCUCGAUCAAAUGCUCGCUCUGCGGCAUCACCCGCGACAAGCUCACCACCUCGAGCAGUCAAUCCGCCUCCCUCACCGCAGCGGCCUCAGCUCCCUCCCCGUCUUCCUCAUUUCCCACCAGUCCUGCUCCAUCUUCCCUCGCUCUUCGGUCCGUCGCAUCUCGGACAGACUAUUCUCGAUCGUCGACACCUCCUCCACUACCACCCUUACCUGCCUCGCUUCUUGGCCCCACCUCGCAGCAGAUGCCCGACGCCGAAAACUCUGUCCCUGAGCCAGCCGCCCUCACUUUGGUCGACGGCAAGCUCCCCUGCCCCGUCUGCACCUUUCUGAACCAUCACUCCAUGUCAAGAUGUGAGCUGUGUGACUCGCCUCUGCCUUCGCUUCGCCCGGCCCCAACCUUGAGCGCGCCGAGAAGAGGCUCCUUGUCGACCUCGAGGCCCUCGACCCCGGACUCUCUCGCAUCGUCGAACGACCACUUUAUGCGCCUGAGCUUUCGGACCGGCGGCGAACGCGAGUUCUACAACGCACUCAAGGAAGCCCUGGCCAGGAAAGCUUGGGACUGGCAAAGUGCCAAUGCACUGCUCCGACCGUCCAAGUCGAGUAACGGGUCGUCCGAGGCGCGCGCGCCUGGGGCGAUCAAUGAGCGAGCGGGUGGGAUUGGUAGGCGCUUUUCCGACGAGGCUGAUUCCAAAUAAAGCGAGUUUCGAGGCUAACUUUUUAGUGGCUCUCUGCAUCUCUCUUCUACUCACAGAUGCCAUCAUGAAAUCGUUUACCUUGGAAGCAGCCGAUCGGGACCAAUCGCUCGAAUCGGCCCUGAAGGAUCUCCAGUCGCUCAUGUCCAAAGCCAAAGACAUGAUCCAGCUCGCGCAAUCGAUCAACAAACGACUUGUACUGGCGAACGCUGGCAGCACCUCUAUCGCAGGAACCAGCACUCCUACGGUGUCAACCUCGGAGAAGACUGCGGCGUCUUCCCUCGCGACCUCGUCCCUCGCUUCCUUGGGUUUGAUCGAGUUGGCCAUCACUCCAGAUCUCAUCAGCGAAAGUCAAAGGUACCACGAAGAGCUGGCCAAAGAACUCGGCACGCUGUUGAAUCGCUCUGAUGCCGUCGUCAGGCGGAGAGGUGUCGUCGGGCUGGACGAAGCGUGGUGCGCUUGGAACAGGGCGCGAGGUGUGGGUGAGUGUCGAAUGAUACGCUUCGGAUGGUACCAGAUAUAUGAUUUCAAAGCUGAGCGUUAUCAUGAGUCUCUCGCAUUCGGCUUGUGUGCCUCUCCUCUCCAGCCCUCAUCUCGCCGAAAGAUUUUCGACUCGCGACCCCUUACCUACCGAUGCACACAUCGCCGAUGCUUCAACUUCUCACGCUCCCAAGUGGUCUCACGAUUUUGCACACCUCACGAUACUCGCUCCCCGUUUUUAGCCAACGGAUCUGGGACCUAUUGGACCUCGAGCAAGCCAUUUUCCUCUCGAGCCGCCAGUCCCCGGACGAACCUUUGCGGAUGCAAGGUCUAUCGACGAUCGAGAUCGCUCAAUCCGACGACGAGUCGCAUGGAGGGGGAGGCGAAGGUAUUGGUAUUGGUUUGGUCAAAGAGUUGUUGGAGAUGGUCGAGACGAGGGGCGAGAUUUGUCGGGACCAAGGUGGCGCCGGCGGGGGCGAGAGUGAGGUCAGAUGGUUUAGGAAUUACUUUGAGAGCGCAGGGCGAGAUUGGGAUGGAACCAAAUUUUGA